AUGAAUUAUGCCAUUCGGUCGGGAAUCGCGAUAACGGCCAGCUAUGCAAUGCGCCAGUCAUCGCGCUUGCUCAGAAAUGUCAAGAGCGAGGACCGAGAUGAGUUAGUCGCCCUGCAACAACGUCUGGAAAGCAAGAUACAAGUUAUCGCUCCCUCUAUUGACAUGAUUGAGUUAAUUGCUGCUCGGGGAAAUACGUCAUUGGAAUCUGCUGUCGCCUUAACGAAGUCUCUAAGAUGGGACAUUCAAGCCCUAGGACAACGGCUGGCAAAGGCCGCAGGAUCUGAAGAAUUGAGACGCAAGGGAGCCAGAUCGCCCAAAGAUCAGACGAACAGCGAGAAAGAAAUCAAGCUUAUUAUCAAAGAUAUCAAGAAGCUCUUGGCUCGGAUUGAAGAUGCAGUUCCAUUAAUGAACCUAGCCAUCACCACAUCUGGGGCAAAGUUAUCCACUAACCUACCCGCAACGGUAUCGCCAUCCCGGCUCCUUCAAGCAAGCACGUUUCUCACGGCAGGAGAUACGCAAUAUUCAAUGUCACCAUCUCAGGCAGUCCAAGUAGGGCCAACUUUUACCUUAUCGAUGUACAUGUUAUUUGCUAGCCAUUUGCGACCUCAUGACGAAGAAUCUGUUCGUGAGGCCACGUGGAAGGAAGUCAUGCAUAAGGCACGUUUGAAGCUGCGCCGUGUUCCAAUAGAUGCGUUGCAGUCUCCAGGCCAACUCCCACGAACGAAGCUUCCAGGACCAGCCGGGGCCGAUGAAUACACCUAUCAAGUCCUGAUCAUCGAAGACCUGGAUGAUGGCCGAGUCCAUACAUUCGACGAUAAUGAUCCGCAGCCCCAAAACUAUGAAGGAGUUUCCACGGCAGGAAUCCGGGAGAUCCUUCCUAUUCAUCAAAUUUCAAAAAUAUUCUACGCAGACACUGGGAGGAUCCUCAACAUCAGCACAGAGGGCGAAACAAACAACCCAGUGCUACUAUUGAAACGGGAUCUAAAUGCUCUCCCUCCACGGCGCAUGAUGGAACGAGACGAGGUGCAGGAUGACUUCCCUCAGGCAGAAUCCGAGGAAGAACCAGAGGACAAGGAGCAAGCUCUACUCGAUGCACAGCUGAACGGAAACGACAAUCGGGAUACUAGCAGCUUCAACUAUCUGCAUCAAGAUUCCAUACCCGAAGAAUGGCGCCUAUCUCCCGGACUGGACCCAGAAUGGAUCGCAUUCGAGGUUUACAAUGAAGACGAAGCCUCCGAUAGCGAGUCCGAAGCUGAAAAUCCCGAGUUAUCCACAGAUGAACCCUCAAUCGACCCAAACAUGAUGGCCAAGCUAUCAAUUAAUGAGAAAGGGAAUUCAUCCCACUCCCCGUCUCCCCGAAAUCAGUCAUUCUCAUCCGCCCCUGCCACAACAACAGUUUCCAAUCCUCACUUCGAGAAUAUCCGCACCUCCCUCUCCCUCCUCGAAACCCUCCUCCGCCUAACAUCCCUACAGCAAUUCCAACAGCAAUCCCACCUCUCUAUCAGCGACGAGCUCCUCAAUUUCUUCCUGGAAGAAUCCUCCACCACCGGCGCUGGCGGCGACGAACAGCACCGCCAGCGACUCCGCUCCGAUGCUCGUCGUCGCGUUGGCUGGGACCCAUACAAUGAAAGCCCCGUCAAACAUCGCGGCGAGGAUUACCAGUACGGGUGGGAGUCCAGUAGCGGUCCCCACCAAUAUGGCAGCGAUCCUUACUCGCCUAGUGGGCGGGCGCAGGGCUUCCAUAUCCGUUCCAGGGAGAGUACACCGGAGACCCCGCUGCGCAAAGGCUCACCGAAUGUCCGUCCAAGUGGACUACGUGGUAUGAGGCCUGCGUAUGCUGAGUCACCCCUUUCGAAAAAGAUGGGUAGGUCUCCAAAGGACGGAGAUCUAGAGUCUGGCACGACAGAUUGA